AUGAAGGCACGGUGCAGCGGAGAGUCCCCAAGUUGCAGUCGGUGCUACAGCAAAGGCAUUGAAUGUGUCUACCCUCCACGCGACAGGAAACAUCUUGGAACUAGCCCUCUCGCUGUUGGGCAGAAGCCGAGUGGCGUCGCUUUCGAGGGAGCUUCAGACAUAGCAUCACGACGAAGCCCCUUUGUCGCAGAGCAACCCAGUCCAAGCCAACCAGCAGCGUCACCCAUACGACACCCACCCUUGCUCACACAUGAACGGGUCCUGGAAGCCAUUCAGGCCUUUUUUCAGUACCUCCAGCCACUUCCGGGCCUCGCCAUUCUGCACAAGGCAUCUCUCUUGCGACUAGUUCACCAAGACCAAGCUGACCAGGCAUUACUGGCCUCGAUUGUCGCAGUCACUGCUCAUACUGCAGGUGCACCAGCAAGUCACAGGGAGAUCAGUUCCCGAUGCGCCGACUGGGCAGAGGAACUGAUCCAGGCUGAGUUCAGACAGCCUUCCAUCUUUAAGCUGCAGGCAUUGUUGUUCGUCAUCAAAUACAGAAUAUGGACCGGUGCCCACAAUGCCGCGUUCCUUCUCAUGGCCCAACUCACACGAUCCGCAUUCGCCCUGCGCAUCAACCACGAAACAUUACGGCCUUCCUUUUAUGUUCAGGAAGCACGGCGCAGAUUGAUGUGGGCCAUCUACAUUCUUGACUCAACAAUGGCGUGCGGGCUUCAAGAGUAUACACUGUGCCCAAUCACCGCAAUCCACCUCCGCCUUCCGGCUAUGGAAGACGACUUCGAGCUCAGCAACGAGAACGUGUCCGACCAUAUCCGGGACCAUGGGCCUCAAUCUGUCCGUUUGGGCAUAUUAGCUUAUUACGUACGCAUCAUCAACCUUCACGAUGAGAUUAUGAGGUGCAAGAGACAAGCCAUGUCUUCAAAGUCCGAUGUCCGGGUAAUAUCAUCACGCUUUCAGAGCCUGGAAAAGGAUCUGGAGGCAUUCGUAUCGAGACUGCCUCCAGGCGAGCAAUAUUCUGAGACGAAUCUGGCUUUGCGAGCGUAUUCUCCGCGCCUCCCACGCUAUGUCAUGACGCAUGUCUGGUGGCAUCAAUGCCACUGUCAACUCUUCCGUGGUACCAUUCCCGCACUCGGUGAACCGCUGCCGCAAGAAUAUCUGGAUCAUCUAGGAACAGAUGUGGUGUUCGAAAGGCAGGUCAAAUGCCUCCUUCAUGCGCACACAAUCGCCGAAAUUUUCGCCUCUCUCCUCGAAAUCGAAGGCAACUCAUGGACACUCGAAUACGAAAUGGCCGAGUGCGCAAAUAGUGUCACAGAGGUCUUGCUGGCUGGUGAUGCCGCGCAUCGAGACCGACUAGGUAUCUCAACUGAGGACAUAGUGCGGGACGUCACCGUCUGUUUGCGGUUGAUCUGGCACAUGUCUCGGAUGUACCCAGCUAUCGUAGACAUCGAACAGGCACUGCUUUCUGCGUCACAUGGCAUUUUGGAGAGACCACGACCCUUGAAGACCACAAGGGAAAUCGUUCCUAGGCAAUUCGUCUCAAGACACACGGUACUGGGCAGCGUCGGUUUCACAGACGACAGCCCCAAGCUCGAAAUGGUCCCCCCAGCAAAGGUCCGGACACCUAUUCAACCUCUCGAACCUCCCAGCAUUGGCCAGACUACCUUGACACCACCGGAAAUGCCCAGUGACGCCCAUCCAGCACCUUUUCCACGGGGCGUACCAUUUCCCCCUCUUGAAUCAACGGCAAAUGUGGAGCUAGGUGAUGCAUUUCCCUACCUAGAGUCGGUAUCCAGCGCCUGGGAUCAGAUGUCACUAUUCCAAGACCCAUUUGAUGGCUUUGGACAAGGUUCAGAGGGGGUCCUCUGA